ACCAUACUUGCUAUGAAUAAUAAUGGUAUUGAUAAUUAGAAACAUUGAAUGUUAUUUUUCUAGRAAUGUUUCAUUCAAACACUCAUGGURCAUCCCCAGUGAAGCCAUUUGCAAGUACAUCAGYCAAAACAGCAAGUUCAUUMUUCGCAUUAACCUKCAGGAUUGCUAUUGGCUAAAGCAGUCACAACUAAUAAAAUGCCUCAWCAAAUGCUGUAAAUUAAUAUCUUUGGAUAUUAACGGUUGUAUUAUAUCAACUGCAAAUGUUAUGGAUUUGGUUAARAAAUUGACAAAGCUACAACACCUUGGAUGUCCAUUUAUGAUUGAUUCAAACACRGAUAUGUCAUCUAUAUUCUUUGGCCCAUUUUUUAAAGAUCUCUCUUCUAUCCAUAUUGUUCUGCAUGUAAGUGCACCAGGUUUAGGUGCUCUUAAGAUAAUUCAUGGCUUACAAGAUAUACAAAAUGUUGGAGUUACAAUAGUUAGCUCAAAUAGUAGUUUCCACCAAGAGUUCUACAAAUAUGCUGUUGUCGAUCAGUCACAAUUAGUAGUACCACACGAGAACAGAGACCCAGUUGYAAACAGACCAUUUUCAUCUUGCUUAUGUAAUCUCAAGGCUUUAAAACUAUCACGAUCUGAAUCAUUCUAUAUGCUAGAAGCACAUCAAAGCACCUGUGAAAAUGAUACAUACUUUAAGCAUAGUAUUUUGUCUGAAAAUCUUGAAGAAUUGAGGAUUUCAGGAUUUGAAUUCGAGUCUGAAGGAGAAAUGUCAGUCAUUGUUGGCUUGUUAUUCGGAUGUCGAUUCCUAAAGCAUGUUUCUUUAACUAAUGUAUCAUUACCUCAAAGUUUAUUUCUGGAUGGAAUUCAAAGCAGUAUCUUGGAGACAAUUGACCUUGAGUCUUGCUAUCUCCUUCAGUUGGAAAUGCUGGAGGAGAUUGUUGAGAGGUGUCAGUCAUCACUAAAAAACUUGAAUCUACUGAUUGACAAUGUACUGGUUUAUGGAAGGUAUAAAUGCAAACACUACAAGACCAUCAGGAUGAUUACUAAGUGUGUUGGACUGCAAUCACUAGCUUUAAACCCAUGCUGUUUGAGAACWAGUACUGAUGAAGAAAAUCAAGAAGAUCAUCAAAUACCACAAGAUGUUGAGGAACCAAUAAGCAAUCCAUUGUUAACACUAGCAAGUUCCACAAGAUUUAUAACAGAGUUUGAACUGAUUGAAAAAAUAAGGACCAGAGCAACUCAYUGUUAUGAAGUUGAUUACAGAGAAGUAGCUUGUCCAUGUAUAUCAUCUGAACAGCUAGARUCCAUAUCAUACUGGAAAUAUCUAAGGAAACUUACUCUUGCAGGCUUUCAGGUAACGGGCAACAGUGAAUUUCUGAUCACAAUAUGUCAAAGCUGCACAAAACUGUCAAAGUUAUCUUUGGCAAACCUGAAAGGUCCUGCUUUAAGUCACUCUGGUAACAUUGCUCACUUGAAUACUGCUUUGACUUUUUGUCAUAGCCUGAAGGAUUUUAGGCUAGAACAACCAUACUUCUGUAUAACCAAGACAUUUCUACAAGCUCUACACAAUAUGCACCAGCUAGAGAGAGUUUGUUGGAAAGUUAGAAGUGGAACUCUAGCUGCAGAUCAUGUUGCASCUUGGAUGAAUCAGUGUAAAAAGGUUAUCUGUGUUAUUAUCUGUUGUGAUAUUACAAAGAAAGCAAGUAAAACCCUGGAAAAAUAUCUUACUGACAGGUACAAGUCAAGACGACCAACUUUAAUAGUAGCGGUUUACCCGUACGUWAUGCAAAAGAACGAUCCAAUCAAGCRCAUAGCAGAUGAAAGCAGAACACCUGCUAUUCCCUCAGUUCAUCUUCAAGAAAUGGCUUUUCUUUCCUCAAGAGUUGGAAAAUCAAGAGAUGAGUGAAUAAAUGGGAAGUGGAUGGAAUAUGAGAAGUCUUCAAGUCAGUUUGGGAUUUAUUUUUGAGAUGCGAAGAAGUCAACGGAAUCUGGRAUCAUCAUUUUUCAACAUUUUUUUGGCACAGCCGACAAAGAAGUCAAAGGAMUGAUAUCAUUCAUUUACAUAGCAUGGACAAUGGUUAAACGAUUUUUAAAGGGAUAUAAAAUAUUAAAAAAGUGCAUGAAUGUUGUCAUGAGACUGCUAAGGUAACAACCCUUUUUAAAGCGAUGAUGUCAGAAAUCGGACUUUCUUCAUGUUUACAAUGUUGAUUUAGUGAACGAGUGUUUAUUGUAGUUGUUUUCAUUCAUGGAUAUGUGCCUAGAGACUAGCUAAAAGUGCAAACAAGGACUGUGGAGAAGUUUGGAUUAGCAUAUGAAUUCAGUUCAAAUAAAUAAAUCUAAUGGCU